AUGGGGACCUUGCAAAGGACUCCACUGGGGAUCCUAUUGCUAUUCAUAGGAUCACUCAAUGCCCAAUUCCAGCAGUAUGAUUAUGACAUAGAUGUUGAUUACUCUUUUAAUGAGAAUAUACCUCAACAACAGAAUGAUGUCAUAACAGGGGCUCCAAGGAUUUCGGUCAUCCCAAAUAUUCCAAAUACACCUGUUGUGAAAGCGAUCAACACUGCUCACAAUAGCAAAAUCUGCAGUACCUGGGGGAACUUCCACUUCAAGAACUUUGAUGGGGAUGUGUUCCACUUCCCUGGCACCUGCAACUAUGUUUAUUCCUCCCACUGCAAAAGCGCAUAUGAAGACUUCAAUAUUCAGAUUCGUCGUGAAGUGGUCAACAAUGUCCCAGUCAUUGAAAAGAUCACUAUGAAGAUAGAUGGGGUGGUUCUGCAGAUCAACAAAAACACAGUUGAAGUCAAUGAAAAAAUAGUGCAACUGCCAUACAGCGCUUCUGGUAUUCAGAUUGAGAAACAUGGAGUCUACCUCACAGUCAGCUCCAAAAUUGGUCUGGUCUUUAUGUGGAAUGAUGAUGAUAGUCUUUUGCUGGAACUUGAUGAAAAAUAUGCCAACCAGACCUGUGGAUUGUGUGGAGACUACAACAGCAUCUCUAUCCACAAUGAGUUCAUAUCUAAUGGUGUCCAGAUUACAGCAACUCAGUUUGGAAACCUCCAGAAGAUGGAUGGACCAACAGAACAAUGUCAAGAUACACCACCAACUCCCAAGAAUAAUUGCACUGACUAUGAAAAAACCUGUGAAAGAAUCCUGUUGGGUACUGCCUUCUCACAAUGUCACUCACUGGUGGGUGUUCAGCCAUAUAUCAAUGCUUGUGUUCAGGACCUGUGUUCAUGUGACAGCAAAAUCGGUAACGUCUGCCUAUGUAACACAUUUGCUGAGUACUCCAGACAGUGUGCCCAUGCUGGAGGUGUGCCAGAAAAUUGGAGAACCAACGAUCUGUGUCCCCAGAAGUGUCCAUUUAACAUGAUAUACCAGGAAUGUGCUUCUCCUUGUGCUGACACAUGCUCAAACCCAGAGAGAGGAGUUCUUUGUGAAGACCAUUGUCUUGAGGGGUGCACUUGUCCUGCAGGGACUGUAUUUGAUGAUAUCAACAACUCAGGCUGUGUCCCUAUUGACCAGUGCUCCUGUACCUUCAACAGUAACACCUAUGCUUCUGGGACAUCUUUCUCCACCUCUUGUAGCACUUGCAUUUGCGCAUCAGGAAAGUGGAAUUGCAAGAACAUGCCUUGCCCAGCAUCAUGUUCCUUAGAGGGAGGAUCUCACAUUAGCACCUAUGAUCAAACUCAUUACAAUAUUCAUGGAGACUGUAACUAUGUCUUGUCUAAGACUUGUAGUGAUAAUGGAUUUACAGUUCUCUCUGAACUUCGUAAAUGUGGACUUACUGAGAGCGAGACUUGCCUUAAGAGUGCUACCAUCAUCCUUAAUGGAGGUGAAACUAUUGUUGUAAUCAAACCCUGUGGCAGUGUAUACAUCAACAGAAUCUACACACAGUUGCCAAUAUCUGCUGCCAACGUUACAGUCUUCAGACCAUCAUCAUUCUACAUUGUUGUUCAGACUAAUCUUGGAGUCCAGGUAGUUGCUCAACUUACACCGUUUAUGCAGCUUUAUGUGAUCCUAGACCCCUCAUUCAAAAGCAAAACGUGUGGUCUUUGUGGAAAUUUCAAUGACAAGCAAUCAGAUGAUUUUCAAACCAUCAAUGGAGUAAUUGAAGGAACUGCAGCAAGCUUUGCCAAUACCUGGAAGACCCAAGCAGAUUGUCCUAAUGUUAAGAAUGUUUAUGAAGACCCAUGCUCCCUCAGUGUGGAAAAUGAAAAAUAUGCUCUGCACUGGUGUGGAUUGAUUUCUGAUCCAACUGGCCCCUUCGCUGCAUGUCACAGCGCUGUGCUUCCAGAAUUUUACCAACAAAAUUGUAUGUUUGAUACCUGUAACUGUGAGAAGACUGAGGAGUGCAUGUGUGCUGCCCUAUCAUCUUAUGUUCACGCCUGUGCUGCAAAGGGAGUCAUAUUAACUGGAUGGAGAGCCAAUGUCUGCACAAAGUACAUGAAUACUUGCCCUAAGACUCUGAACUACACCUACUCUACAAGCACCUGCCAACCCACUUGCCGCUCACUCAGUGAGCCAGACGUCACCUGCAGCAUUAAGUUUAUCCCUGUGGAUGGUUGCACCUGUAGUAAGGACUUCUAUAUGGAUGAUAGUGGAAAAUGCGUCCCAGCCGCCGCCUGUCCUUGUUACUACAAGGGAUCUGCUGUUCCUUCUGGUGAAGUGGUCCAUGACAAUGGAGUAAUGUGCACCUGCACUCAAGGAAAAUUGAGCUGUAUGGGAUCUCCAGAGCCAGAUAGUACCUUUUGCAAAUCCCCAAUGGUUUAUUUUGACUGUAAGAACGCCUCUGCUGCCACCAAGGGUGCAGAAUGUCAGAAAAGUUGUCAGACUCUGGAUAUGGAAUGCUACAGCCCAAAAUGUGUCUCUGGUUGUGUGUGCCCUAAUGACCUAGUAUCAGAUGGAAAAGGUGGCUGCAUUAAAGAAGAACAGUGCCCAUGUAUCCACAAUGAUGCCAGUUACCAGCCAGGAGAAAAAAUCAAAACAAAAUGCAAUACCUGUACUUGCAAGGACCGCAUGUGGAAGUGUACCAACAAUCCAUGCUUAGGAACAUGUGCAGUUUAUGGAGACGGCCAUUUUAUUACCUUUGAUGGAAAGCGCUACAGCUUUAAUGGAGACUGUGAAUAUAUUCUUGCUCAGGAUCACUGUGGCAAGUCUGGAAAUAGCAGCUCUUUUAGAGUCAUUACUGAGAACAUUCCUUGUGGUACCACUGGCACAACUUGCUCUAAAGCAAUCAAGGUUUUCCUAGGGAGUUAUGAACUUAUCCUUACUGAUGAACACUUUGAAGUGAUUGAAAGAGGAAUCGGAGCUGAGGUUCCCUAUAAGGUUCGGCACAUGGGUAUCUACCUUGUCAUUGAAGCAAACAAUGGACUUAUAUUGAUGUGGGACAGGAAGACAAGCAUCUUCAUCAAGCUUAGCAAAGAUUUUGAGGGAAAAGUUUGUGGUCUCUGUGGUGACUAUGAUGGAAAUGGAAACAAUGACUUCACUACUAGGAGUCUGUCUGUGGUUGGAGAUGUCCUUGAGUUUGGUAACAGCUGGAAACUGUCUCCAUCAUGCCCUGAUGCCAAGCACAACAGAGACCCUUGCUCUGCUAACCCAUACAGGAAAUCUUGGGCUCAGAAGCAGUGUAGCAUCAUCAACAGUGUGGCAUUUUCUGCUUGCCACGCACAGGUUGACCCAUCAAAAUACUAUGAUGCUUGUGUCACUGAUUCUUGUGCUUGUGACACUGGUGGAGACUGUGAGUGCUUCUGUACUGCCAUUGCAGCCUAUGCCCAGGCCUGCGGCGAAUCUGGCAUCUGCGUUUCCUGGAGAACACCAAACAUCUGUCCUUUGUUCUGUGAUUACUACAAUCCUGAAGGAGUGUGUGAGUGGCACUACAAACCGUGUGGCGCACCUUGCAUGAAAACAUGUAGGAACCCAAGCGGGAAAUGUCUUAAUGAACUAUCAGGCUUGGAAGGAUGCUACCCCAAAUGCCCAGCAGACAAACCUUAUUUUGAUGAAGAUGAAAUGGAGUGUGUGUCUAAGUGUGGCUGCUAUGACGAUGAAGGAAAUCACUACAAGCCAGGUGCUCCAGUGUACACCAAGGAGAACUGCAAGUCUUGUGAGUGCACAAUGUCUGGUAUUGCCUGCAAAUACACAAAAGAAGCCUGUCACUGUGAAUACAAUGGAAAGAUGUAUAACUACAAUGAUGUAAUUUAUGACACCACUGAUGGCAUUGGAGGCUGUAUUGUUGCUAUAUGCAGAGAAAAUGGUACAAUCUACAGAGAUAUUAUCGUCAAUUGUACAACAACAGCAGCACCAACAACACCAUUUACAUUUACAACCACUCCUGCCACUACAAGAGAGAGAACAACAAUACAUCCUCCCACAACAACCAUUUGUGUUCAAGAGCUUUGCAAGUGGUCUGAGUGGUAUGAUGCCAGUUAUCCUGAGGCAGGCAUGCAAAAUGGAGACUUUGACACAUAUGAGAACAUAAAAGCCAAAGGUCUCUCCAUUUGUAAUCAUCCACAGGAUAUUGAAUGUAGAGCAGAAAGGUUCCCAAACACACCCUUGAAAGAGCUAGAGCAAAAUGUACAAUGUAAUGCUUCGUAUGGGUUGAUAUGCUACAAUAAAGACCAACUUCCACCUAUAUGUUACAACUACCAGCUUAGAGUCAAAUGCUGUAGCUUUGUGCCAUGUCAUAGUACCCCUAUUACAACAGAAAAGCCAACAACUAUAUCUACAGAAACUACUACUCAACCUACAACAUCAAAAGAGGCUUCCACUAGCACUCUUCCUACAACCACAAAGAAGGUCAUCACCACUACACAGUCCACAUCAACUAGCACAGAAUCACCUACAACAAUCACCACUCCAACAACACCAGUAAUAACAUCUACUCCAAGCACAACAGGGUGUCAACCAAAGUGUAGGUGGACCUCCUGGAUUGAUGUGCAUACACCUGGUGUAGGAAAAGAUGAAGGAGAUUUUGAGACCUAUGAAAAUAUUCUUAAAGCGGGGAAGAAAAUUUGUCAAAAGCCAGAUGGCAUUCAAUGCAGAGCAGAAAAAUUUCCUCAAGAACCCAUUGGUCGUAUCGGUCAGGUUGUGCAGUGUAAUCUCACUAUUGGUCUUGUAUGCAAAAAUGAGGAACAGGAAGGAGAUUUCAAAGUUUGUCUCAACUAUCAAGUAAAAGUACUUUGUUGUGAUGACUACAGUCACUGCAUACCUGAAAUUCCUACAACAAUAGAGACUACAACUUCAACUCAUGAAACAACAACUACUUCAGCUCCCACAACUACCACCACAGAAACUGCUACUACAACCCCAGAAACAACAACUGCUACAACUACAACUGAAACAACAACCAUCAUACCAGACAUAACUACUACUCCAAUUCCAGAAAUAACAUCCCUAGAAACAGUUACCACCAUUUUCACAACUCUCGAAAAAACUACAAUAACUACCACCCCAGAAACUACAACUACAUCCAUUCCCAAAACUACACCCACCACACCAGAAACAACCACCACUACUAUAACUCCAGAAACAACUACCACCCCAGUAACCACAACUGCCACAGAGCAAACAACAAUUACAGAAACAACAACCACCACACAAAGUUCACCAUCCCUUACCACAACUCCAGUAACAACAACUACCACUCCAGAAAGCACAACUACUACUGUUACAACUACAUCCAUUCCUGAAACAACCCCCACUACUACAGAAACUACUACUCCUGUAACAACCACAACAAUUCCUAUAACUACAACUUCCAUUAUCACAACUACAACUAUUCCAGUGACAACUUACCCAACAUCAUGUCAGCCAAAGUGUAAAUGGACACCAUGGAUUGAUGUGAGUUCUCCGACUUCUGGACCCAAAGGAGGAGAAAUUGAGACAUAUAAUAAGAUUAUUUCUAAAGGACACACCAUUUGUAAACACCCUCAAGACAUCCAGUGUCGUGCUAAGGAAUUCCCUGAUAUUAGUAUUGAUAAAGUUGGACAGAUAGUUCAAUGUGAUGUCACUGUUGGAUUAGUUUGCAACAAUGAAGACCAAACUGGUAAAAUAAAGCAAUGUUAUAAUUACGAAAUACAGGUUUUGUGCUGUGAUGACAGCCAUUGUAUUAGCCCUACAACAGCAACUACUACAACCUCAGAAACAACUACCACCCCAGAAACAACAACUACUACUGUUACAACUAUAUCUGAAACUACAGCCACCUCACCAGAAAUAACCACCACUACCACAACUCCCAUUCCAGAAACGACAACUACUACUGUAACUACAUCCUCCCCUGAAACUACAACCACCACUAUUACAUCUCCAGAAACAACUACCAGAAGAACUCCAGAACCUACAACUACCCCACAAACAACUACCACUAUCACUACUACAACUAUUCCAGUAACUACAACAGAGGUACCACCUGUCACAGCAACAUCAUGUCAGCCAAUAUGCAAAUGGACAACAUGGAUUGAUGUGAGUUCUCCUACUUCUGGACCCAAAGGAGGUGAUAUUGAGACAUAUAAUAACAUUAUUUCUAAAGGACACACCAUUUGUAAACACCCUCAAGACAUCCAGUGUCGUGCUAAGGAAUUCCCUGAUAUUAGUAUUGAUAAAGUUGGACAGAUAGUUCAAUGUGAUGUCACUGUUGGAUUAGUUUGCAACAAUGAAGAACAAACUGGUAAAAUAAAGCAAUGUUAUAAUUACGAAAUACAGGUCUUGUGCUGUGAUGACAGCCAUUGUAUUAGCCCUACAACAGCAACUACUACAACCUCAGAAACAACUACCACCCCAGAAACAACAACUACUACUGUUACAACUAUUUCUGAAACUACAGCCACCUCACCAGAAAUAACCACCACUACCACAACUCCCAUUCCAGAAAUGACAACUACUACUGUAACUACAUCCUCCCCUGAAACUACAACCACCACUAUUACAUCUCCAGAAACAACCACCAGAAGAACUCCAGAACCUACAACUACCCCACAAACAACUACCACUAUCACUACUACAACUAUUCCAGUAACUACAACAGAGGUACCACCUGUCACAGCAACAUCAUGUCAGCCAAUAUGCAAAUGGACAACAUGGAUUGAUGUGAGUUCUCCUACUUCUGGACCCAAAGGAGGUGAUAUUGAGACAUAUAAUAACAUUAUUUCUAAAGGACACACCAUUUGUAAACACCCUCAAGACAUCCAGUGUCGUGCUAAGGAAUUCCCUGAUAUUAGUAUUGAUAAAGUUGGACAGAUAGUUCAAUGUGAUGUCACUGUUGGAUUAGUUUGCAACAAUGAAGACCAAACUGGUAAAAUAAAGCAAUGUUAUAAUUACGAAAUACAGGUCUUGUGCUGUGAUGACAGCCAUUGUAUUAGCCCUACAACAGCAACUACUACAACCUCAGAAACAACUACCACCCCAGAAACAACAACUACUACUGUUACAACUAUUUCUGAAACUACAGCCACAUCACCAGAAAUAACCACCACUACCACAACUCCCAUUCCAGAAAUGACAACUACUACUGUAACUACAUCCUCCCCUGAAACUACAACCACCACUAUUACAUCUCCAGAAACAACUACCAGAAGAACUCCAGAACCUACAACUACCCCACAAACAACUACCACUAUCACUACUACAAAUAUUCCAGUAACUGCAACAAAGGUACCACCUGUCACAGCAACAUCAUGUCAGCCAAUAUGCAAAUGGACAACAUGGAUUGAUGUAAGUUCUCCUACUUCUGGACCCAAAGGAGGUGAUAUUGAGACAUAUAAUAACAUUAUUUCUAAAGGACACAAAAUUUGUAAACACCCUCAAGACAUCCAGUGUCGUGCUAAGGAAUUCCCUGAUAUAAGUAUUGAUAAUGUUGGACAGAUAGUUCAAUGUGAUGUCACUGUUGGCUUAGUUUGUAACAAUGAAGACCAAACUGGUAAAAUAAAGCAAUGUUAUAACUACGAAGUAAAGGUCUUGUGUUGUGAUGACAGCCAUUGUAUUAGCCCUACAACAGAAACUACUACAACCUCAGAAACAACAACUACUACUGUUACAACUAUUUCUGAAACUACAGCCACCUCACCAGAAAUAACCACCACUACCACAACUCCCAUUCCAGAAACGACAACUACUACUGUAACUACAUCCUCCCCUGAAAUUACAACCACCACUAUUACAUCUCCAGAAACAACUACCAGAAGAACUCCAGAAAUUACAACUACCCCACAAACAACUACCACUAUCACUACUACAACUUUUCCAGUAACUACAACAGAGGUACCACCUGUCACAACAACAUCAUGUCAGCCAAUAUGCAAAUGGACAACAUGGAUUGAUGUGAGUUCUCCUACUACUGGACCCAAAGGAGGUGAUAUUGAGACGUAUAAUAACAUUAUUUCUAAAGGACACAACAUUUGUAAACACCCUCAAGACAUACAGUGUCGAGCUAAGGAAUUCCCUGAUAUUAGUAUUGAUAAUGUUGGCCAGAUAGUUCAAUGUGAUGUCACUUUUGGCUUAGUUUGCAACAAUGAAGAGCAAAUCGGUAAAAUAAAGCAAUGUUAUAAUUAUGAAGUAAAGGUCUUGUGCUGUGAUGACAGCCAUUGUAUUAGCCCAACAAUAGCAACUACUACAACUACAGAAACAACCACUACAACUGAAACCUCCUCUACCACAGAAACAACAACUAUUCCAACUACUACAACAACCUCAACACCAAAGCCCACAACAGCUGAAAGAAUAAUUACCAAAAUUAUAACAACAUCUCCUCCAAAAACAGCCCCUAUUGUUAUCCCAACUACUCCUGAAACUACAACCAAAACUACAGAAACAACAACUACUACAACAUCAGCAACAACUACCCCAGAAACUACAACACCAAUAAAAACCACAACCACCACCACAACUCCAGAAACAACAACUUCAACACCUGUAACUACAACUACAGAAACUACUACUACAACUACAGAAACUUCCCCUACAACAAUAUCAACCCCAGGAACACCAACUACUACUACUACAACUCCCGUAACUACAACUACAGAAACUACUACUACAACUCCAAAAACAACAACCACUGCAGCAAUCCCUAUCACUGAAACUACAACAACCCCAGAAACAACUACUACUAUUACAACAACACCUGUAACUACAACUACAGAAACUACUACUACAACUACAGAAACUACCCCUACAAUAAUCUCAACCCCAGAAACUACUACUAUUACAACAACACCUGUAACUACAACUACAGAAACUACUAUUACAACUACAGAAACUCCCCCUACAACAAUAUCAACCCCAGAAACAACUACUACUACUACCGUUACAACAACACCUAUAACUACCACUACAGAAACUACUACUACAACUACAGAAACUACCCCUACAGCAAUCUCAACCCCAGAAAUGACUACUGUUACAACUACUCCAGAAACUACAACUGUUACAACAACCACAACUACAAUUCCUGAAACUAAGACUACAGAAAUCACUACUACUAGUCCAGAAACAACUCCAAAUGUUCCAGAAAUAACUACUACUGUUACCACUACCACACCUGAAACAACAACCCCAGUAAAAACUACAACCCCUACCACAACUCCAGAAACAACAACUACAACAAUUGCUGUAACUACAAAGGCAGAAACCACUACUACCACAACAGAAACCACCACAACUGAAUCGACCACUAUAGAAACUAUCCCAUCAACUAGAAUAACUUGUCAGCCCAAAUGCAAGUGGUCAGAAUGGAUCGACGUAGAUUAUCCAUCUUCUGAUAUCAAGGGAGGAGACAUUGAGACCUAUGAGAACAUAAUUUCCAAAAACCAUUUAAUCUGUAAGCACCCAUCAGAAAUUGAAUGCCAGGCUGAGAAUUUCCCAGGUGUUAGCAUUGAACAAAUUGGCCAAAAUGUCAAGUGCAAUGUAAAGGUUGGACUAGUGUGUAAGAAUGAAGACCAAGAAGGACUCCUUAAGAUGUGUUAUAAUUAUAAGAUUAGAGUCCUUUGUUGUGAUGAUUACACUCACUGUGAAACUACCACACCAAUAACAACCAUACAUGAGACUACAACAACACCAACAACAACUACAACAACAUCUCCUCCAACUACUACAAGGGAAAUUACCAAAGCUUCACAGACAACACAUUGCUUCUGUCAUGUUGCCGAUUCUCUCUUCUUACCAGGGGAAGUAAUAUACAAUAAGACAGAUGAGGCUGGCUGUCGUUUCUAUGCAAUCUGUAAUGAUCUAUGCGAGGCUGAGAGAUUCCAAGGUCCCUGCCAGUCUACAACAACUCCUACUACCACAACCACUACUACUACAGUUUCAACUACAACUACAAAACCUACCACAGCAUCAACUGUGACUACAAUACCAAUUACAAAAACAUCUCCUCCUGUUGAAGGAUGUCCUCCCAGAAAGACCAAUGAAACCUGGAUGUAUAACAACUGCACGACCGCUACCUGCCAUGGAAACAACAUUAUUACUAUUGAGCCUGUGAGUUGUCCUCCAGUAAAAGCCAUAACAUGUGCCAAUGGUUUCCCACCAGUCACAGUUUACAGUCAAGAUGGAUGUUGCUACCAUUAUGAAUGUCAAUGUGUGUGCAGUGGUUGGGGUGACCCUCAUUAUAUUACCUUUGAUGGGAUCUACUACACCUUCCUGCAAAAUUGCACCUACGUCCUUGUGCAACAGAUACUCCCAAAGUUUGACAACUUCCGUGUCCUUGUUGAUAACUAUUUCUGUGAUGCUGAGGAUGGUUUAUCAUGUCCAGGGUCCAUUCUUGUUUAUUAUAAAGCAGAUGAAGUGGCUGCUGACACGGGUGAUGUAAAGGGCGAAAUGACCAAUAGGGUAGUGUUUAACAACAACUGGGUUACAGGAUUCACCAAGAAUGGAAUUACUGUAACCAGUGCUGGUAUCAACAUGAUUGUGCGAAAUCCGCAGAAAUCAAUGCUUAAUCUCUUUCAGUGGAAUGAUCUUUGUGAUCAAAUUGCCAUCAGUAAAUUCGGCUAAACAGAAGGACAAUGUGGUACUUGCUCCAAUAACAGCACUGAAGACUGUCGUCUGCCAACUGGUAGGAUUGUUAAAGACUGCUCAGAGAUGGCUCACCACUGGAAGGUUAAUGUUCCAGAUAAACCAUACUGUAAUCCUUUACCACCACCACCACCCAGUACACCAACUCCACCACCUAAAUGCCCACCUUCGCCACUUUGUGAUGUGAUCUUAAGCGAUGUGUUUGCAGAAUGUCAUAAGAAGAUACCUCCAAAGCCUUACCAUGAGGGAUGCAUUUAUGAUGCGUGCCGUAUUAGAAAUGAUUCAGUGCAAUGUUCCAGCUUAGAGAUCUAUGCUUCACUGUGUACCUCCAGUGGAGUCUGUGUUGACUGGAGAGGAAAGACUGGAGGCCAUUGCCCAUACAAUUGCCCUGCUGGAAAAGUUUAUAAUGCUUGCGGUCCAAUUCAUGCACCAACCUGUGACAGCAAGGAAGUACCAAAUGCUAAUAAUGGACUUACUGAAGGUUGUUACUGUCCUGCUGGAACUAAGGUCUUUAACUCUUAUAAUGACGUCUGUGUAAAGAGCUGCUCUUGCGUUGGGCCUGAUGGAAUGCCGAAACAGGCUUCAGAGACCUGGACUAGCAAUUGCCAAGAAUGUAUUUGUGAGCCAACCUCUCUUACUGUACAAUGCAAGCCACUUAAAUGUGCUGAACCUGAGCCUGUCUCCUGCGAUAAGGAAGGUUUAAUUCCUGUGCAAGUACCAAACCCAGAUAAGCCUUGUUGUACUCUAAAUGAAUGCCGCUGCAAUGUCAGCAAUUGUAGAAACGAGGCAAAGAAUUGUCCUCUCGGUUUUGAGGUUGAACCUAUUCUUCUGGAGGGAGACUGCUGUGUCACUUACAACUGCACACCCACGGAAGCCUGUGUGGACCAUGACACCUUGUAUAAGCCAGGGCAUUUUAUCCCACCAUCCACAGACUUCUGCCUAGAAUGUAUGUGCACAAAGGAAAAAGACCCUAAAACGUUACUGAACACAAUCUCAUGUAACCCCAUCCCAUGCAAUAAAGAAUGUCCAAAGGGAUACAAGUAUAAAAAGAUGGAUGACCAGUGUUGCGGUAUAUGUAUACAAGACGCAUGCACACAUCAAAUGGAUGACAAUUCCACUAUCGUUAUCAUGCCUGGUGAGACCUGGUAUCCUCCAAACAACAAGUGCUCUCAUUAUGAGUGUACCCAAUCUGGUGAGCAGUUUACAACAGUUAGCAUUGCAAAGGAAUGCAGUGUAUACAGUCAAGAUCAAUGCACACAGGGCUAUCAGUAUGAAAAGGUUGCAGGAGAAUGUUGUGGCAAAUGUGUGCAGGUGGCAUGUACAAUAAAGAUGAAAGAUGAUUCUCUCAAAGUAGUUAAGCCUGGGGAAACCUGGAGUCCACCAGAAGAUGUUUGCGUUCACUAUGAAUGCCACCAAAUUGAAGACCAGCUUGUCCCUGUUACUGUAAAGAGAGCCUGCUCUGAUGUUACUUGUGAAGCUGGUUUUAAAUAUGUUACCAAAUCUGGAGAGUGCUGUGGUGACUGUGUUAGAGUGGCUUGUACAAUGAAGAUGGAUGACAACACAACUAAACUCCUCCAGCCUGGAGAGACCUUUACCCCACCAGAGGACAAAUGCACUAAAUACACUUGUGAGGAUAAUUACCAAGUGUCUUCCAUGAAGAAACCAUGUCCAGUUUUUGAUCCAUCCAAGUGUCUUGAGGGUACUAUCAAAACAACAGAUGAUGGUUGUUGCAAGACUUGUGAAGUUCCACCAACAGAAUGCCAGGUCCAUAAACAAUCUACCCGUAUCAGGACCCACACCUGUGAAUCAGACCAGACUGUGGAGCUGUCUUACUGCGAGGGAGCUUGCAUGACCUCAUCCACUUACUCUGCUGACGCAAACACAAUGGAACACAAAUGUAGCUGUUGUCAGGAGAUGAAGACCAGCAAGCGUGAGGUGGCCCUUAAAUGCCUUGAUGGAACCAGUUCAAUGUACUCUUAUAUUUAUGUGGAACAAUGUGGCUGCACCAGAACAAAAUGUGAACAAGAUACUCAGACAUCCCAGUCUCAACAACAUCAGCAAGAAGAGUUCCAUAAAGAACCAUUUCAUGAACAACAACAACAAGAACAACAAAUACAACAAACUAACUAAAAGAAAAUUGAUAGACUGAACAUUGUAAAAAAAAAAAAUACAAGAUACUUCACUUAAUACUUUCUCUGACAUUAUGUCUCUCUGGUAAACACUUCCUAUCGAUGGCCAUCAAAUGACAACUUGCUUUGCUUUCUAAUUGUAAAUGUCAUGUCAGUAAUGCCACCAACAGUUCAUGCACACGUACAAUUCAAUAUCAAUAUUGAAUUAUUUCACCAUGUCUGAUUUAUUGCUGGACAAUUAUAUUUGUGACGUUAUAUUUUCAAGAACAUUAAUCUGAAUUUUACUUCCAGCUGAAAUAUGAUAUGUUUCCUUUGAUGAUGAAGUUAGCACUUAGUACUUUUAAACUAUAUCCUUUUAGUAAAAAUAAUAGUUUUUAGGGUUUUAGAGUAGACAACCUAGAUUUAGAAUACAAACAAUAUCUUGUCUGCCCAUUUUUGGCAUUAGAUCUUCAACUGAUGCUUUUUAUCUGCUUAAAUUGUUUUCAUUAUAGCCUUUUGGUUCAUUUGAAAUGUAUUUGGGUGUUUUUUUUGCACUCUUACAUCAUCUAUAUUCCAAAUCGGAUCAAUCUUACUAGCAAGAAUGUACGGUUUUAUUUGUUUAUUCUUGUUAAAGUCCCCAACCGAAUAAAUUGAUGUCGCUUGACAAUCUAACAGGUCCAUCAACACAUUUCAAUUGGUUAUUUUGGCAACACAGGCAGAAAAUGGCAUCAUUUGUGUGAUAUAGGGAAGAUGGAACAAUGGUUAAAUACUUAUAAACAAAAAAUGAUUAACCCAAAUGUAUACAUGAAGGAGUAUUUUAUAUUUUUAAAUUUUUUAUUUAAAUAUUUCAAAUAGAUAUAUGCAUAUUCAGAUUCCUAUUUUUCUACAACAAGAAGAUAGACUCUUAGCUAUUUAUUUGUUCUGCUGGAGAAUUUAUGAUUUGUAUCAUGUAUUAGAACUGUCAUUUGAGGUUAAAGGGUUAAGUGUUAUCUCCAGAGUAUGUGAUUGAAAUAAAAAAUCUUUUAAGCAUUUAACAGAA